UGGGAAGUGGCUGAGGAGUCCAAGCGGCAGGACGACCCUGGCCUUUUGAGCACCUGGCUGGGCGCGCUCUAGGAAACGCCAGAGAGAAGAAUGUCAGAUGCAGAGAGAAACCCACUAGAAGAAGCGGAAGAUGGAGAAACAGAAAUGAAAGAAGAAGAAUAUCCAGAUUAUUCUGAAGAGGGAGAAAGUGUACCACAGGAAUCAGAAAAUGACCUAGUACCAUGGAGAGACUCUCAGGAGGAGAAAGAGGCAGAGGAUGAGGAAGAGGAAGGACAGCUGGAGGAGGAGGAAGGGGAAAGACAGCUGGAGGAGGAGGAAGGGGAAAGACAGCUGGAGGAUGAGGAAGAGGAAGGACAGCUGAAGGAAGAGGAAGGAGAAGGACAGCUGAAGGAAGAGGAAGAGGAAGGACAGCUGGAGGAGGAGGAAGGGGAAGGACAGCUGGAGGAGGAGGAAGGAGGAGAAACAGAGGAAAAGGCUGGAGCAGCACUGGACGAGGUGGUUGCACGAUUCCAGGAAGAACUCACAGAGGUGCCCCAAGAAAUCACCAUGUCCAUGAUGAGUUUGCAGGGACGCCCAUUCACUGAUUCCCAGUCAGUCAUGUCAGAAAAUUCUCCAACAACGCGUAAGGAGUCAGAGCAUUCAUUGCAAGGGGGGAGUUCGAGCACCCUGAGCUCAUCAUACGACUAUGACUUGGAGAUCACCAGUUCUGAGGAAAAACUGGUAACUUCCCUUCAAAAGAAAACGCCCGCGGAGGAACCGGGCCAAGAGAGAGUUUCAGAACCAGUAAAGGGGGGAAGGAAACGAGACAAAAGAGUGUCCUACUUCGACAUGCAAAAAGAGAAAGAAGCGCAGCCCACAGCCCGCUCCCGGACGGACUCGCUGGUGUCCACCAGCAGUAAGGACAUCUUGUUUCAAAAGGACGACCAGGCCAAGGUGUAUCCCUUGACCAUGACUUGGAAGUUCGGGUGGAACAGUUCUCUCCCCGUGUACUACAUCCGAGACGAAAAGCAGAGGGUGCUCCUGUACGCCAGCGCCCACACCGCGGUCAUCUACAACGUCUUCAAGAACGAUCAGCAUCACCUCAUGGGCCACCCUAACGUGAUCUCCUGCAUGUGCGUCAGCGAGGACAGGCGGUGGGUCGCCACGGCCGACAAAGGGCCCGACUGCCUGUUAAUUAUAUGGGACUCCUUCACAGGGAUUCCCGUGCACACUAUAUUCGACAGCUGCCCGGAAGGGGACGGCAUCAGGGCCAUAGCCAUCACCCGCGAUGCCAAGUAUCUGGCAACCAUCUCAGAUGCUGAAAUCCAGAAAGUUUGCAUCUGGAGGUGGACUUUAGCGGCCGAAACACCGGCAUGCACGCUGGACCUUCCCAAAGAGUACGGUUUUCAGAACUACCUUAUUUUUAAUCCAACAAAUAAUAAAGAAUUGGUGAGCAAUAGUAAAAUACAGGCAAUAUAUUAUUUGUGGUAUGAAGAGAGAGAGAUGCUUAUUCACAGUGCCCCACUUUUAACAGAUAAAACAUUCAACAAGCACGUGGGGAAGUUCAGCCAGUCCAUCUUUCACCUGAAUCUGACACAAGUCCUCUCGGCGACCCUGGAAGGGAAGCUGGUGGUCUGGGAUGUGUACCGCCCGCCGCCAUCUGCCUCCGCCUCUCCGGCCCUUCCCUACAUGAAGCCUUGUAAACUGGUUCAUUUGCAGAAAGAGGGUAUCACUGUGCUUACUACAGUUGACAGCUAUAUUGUCACAGGUGACGUUAAGGGUAACAUUAAGUUCUACGAUUGCACCCUGUCCAUCAUUUACUGGUUCAGCAACUUCAAACUGAGCUCCAUAAGAACGCUGUCCUUUUCGAAGACCCCGGCAACGCCUCCCACCGAGAAAUCAAACUACCCUUCAGACUGCACUUUAAAAGGUGACCUUUUUGUCGUCAGGAAUUUUAUCAUCGGAACAUCUGAUGCGAUCGUGUACCACUUAAAGGCAGAUGAGACCAAACUGGAGAAGUUACUCAUAGAGCCCAAGGAAGCCAUUUGUGCUAUCGCCUGCCACCCCUAUCAGCCCCUCAUCACCAUCGGGAGUUUCUGUGGGAUGAUCAAAGUGUGGGAUUAUAGGAAGAAAAGAUACCUUUUCAGCAGAGUCUUCGAGAAGGGGCUUGGAAUCCAGAGUCUGACCUACAACCCCGAAGGAGACCUUCUUGGAGCUGGCUUCACAGAGGGGACAGUUUACAUUCUGGAUGCAAUGUCCUUGGAAAAUGGAAUCCCGGAGCCCUUCAAAUAUUCCAGGACCAGCGUGACUCACAUAAGCUUCUCCCAUAACUCCCGGUACAUGGCAACCGCGGAUGCAAAUUUUACUGUGGCCGUUUACAUAGUCAAGGUCAGAAAUAGUCAGAGGGUCUGGGAAUACCUGGCAAGACUGCGUUCUCAUCGCCAGAGCAUCCGAAGUCUCCUGUUCGGGGUUCAUCUGGAUAGCAAUGAGCCCCGACUGCUGAGCCUCGGGAGAGACAGGCUCCUGAUCGAGUAUAAUCUUCUCCAGAGCUACAAAAACCACCUGGAAGUGCUGGACAUUCACCAAACUGACCAGGGCAACUACCCCACCUGUAUGAUCUGGUACCCACCACUCACCAAGGAACUCUUCCUGCUCAUCUCCAACAGCGGCUACAAAGUGAAGCUUUUCAAUUCUACCACCAAAAUGUGCAGGAAGACCCUUCUGGGGCCGGUCUACGGGUCUCCCAUGGAGCAGAUCCAGGUCCUCCCCGUGAAAGCCGCCAUCGAGCUGCAGAGGCGCUACCUGGUGUUCAUCAACAGAGACAAGGUCGGACUCCAGAUCUUACCGAUAGAUGGCAAUCCCCAUAAGACCUGUGCUAUCGUCUGCCACCCAAACGGGACGGCCGGGAUGGCCCUCUCCCAUAAUGGCCACUACAUCUUCACGGCCGGAGGACAGGAUCUGUCUGUGGUGCAGUGGGAAGUCAACCUCAGCGCCCUGGAGGCAGCCGUUUCUCUUGGGGGCGAAGACUUGAUCCCGUUCUAUGGCCUGGUGUCUGGAGGCAGGGAAGGAAAAUUCUACAGGGAGCUGGAAGACUAUUUUUACUACUCGCAGCUCCGUAGUCAAGGCAUUGACACAAUGGAGGCCAGGAAGGUGUCGGAACACAUCUGCCUGUCGGAGGUGCCUUUUGUCAUGAGAGCGAUCGGCUUUUACCCAUCGGAAGAGAAGAUCGAUGAUAUAUUUAAUGAAAUCAAAUUUAGUGAGUAUGUGGACACUGGAGAGGUCAUUGACAAAAUCAACUUACCGGAUUUCCUGAAAGUUUACCUUAACCACCGGCCACCUUUUGGUAACACCAUGAGUGCCAUCCAGGAGAGCUUCGACAUUCUGGGCUAUACCAACUCGGAAGGAAAGAAAGUUAUUCGAAGAGAGGAUUUCCUGAAACUGCUUCUAACUAAAGGGGAGCACAUGACGGAGGAGGAGCUGUCCGACUGCUUCGCCACGCUGCUGGGCCUGAAUCCCGAGGGCUGGAAAUCCGAGCCGGCCGCCUCCUCCCUCAAAGGGCCUGAAGUGCGCUUGGAAGAGGAACUCCCAGACGAGAUCACCGCGGAAAUAUUCGUCACGGACAUUCUGGGCCUGAGCUUCGCACCCGGUUUCGCACAAGAUGCUGAGGUCAGCGAGGGGCCAAGGGAUGUCUGAAGGACAAAGGACUGUGUGUGGGGGGAGGGUUUUUAUUUCCCUCCAAAGGGCAGUCCUUGCCCCGUGUUUCCCUACCCCCAUGCCAGCCUUUACAACAUGUAGGCAUUAAAAGCAAAUUUCUGGUAAG